AUGACUCAUUUAGAGAUUGCUAUGGAAUCAUCAUCUUUGACGAUUUAUCAACCAUGGAGAUCGAAGAACGACAAUGGUGGUUUGCACUUGUGGAGCCUCAACCUCACUGAGAACCUCACUGAGAACCUCACGUCAUCGUCGGUGAAAGAUUCGAUGACUUCGUUGAGUUUGUCGCUUCCUGGAGUCGAAAAUGAAGCAGUUACGGUUGCGGCUACGUUACCUCCGCCAGUACCACUUCACACGAUGUCGUUACGUCAGAUUCAAGUUGAAAAUCAUCAAAACCUAAACCUAAACAACAACAGCAACAACGCAGACGUGAUGACGUCAAUUCCGAUGGCGAUUUCAACGGCGAUGCGUCAGCUAAAGGUAUUACGAGAUCCGGUACCUUCGGCAGCUCCGGCCGCGGCAGUGGAGCAACCAGAAAAGGUUUUGACUCCGUUUAGUGCGGAGUUUUUGUCUGUGAUGCAAGAGAUGAUAAGAACAGAAGUGAAGAACUAUAUGACAGGUGUAGAACAACAUAAUAAUCAGCAGAGAUCCGGUGACAGAGGCGGAGGAAUGUGUAUGAAGCAUGCGGCAAGUGGCGGUGGUGACGGUUUUAGGAACGCAGCGGUGGUGAAGAGGAUUGGGAUUAGCAAGAUCGAUUAAGUAAACCCUAGAUUUAUUGGUAGAUGAUGCUGGUGGUGGUAGAUGAUGAUGGUAGG